AAAUCAAUGUUUCUAUUACAUCAGUAGGUGUUGAUUCAAAAAGAAUCAAUUUAACCAAUCAAUGAUGAAAUUGAAAAAUGAAAGAAUAUCGCAGGAUAUAAAUUAGGUGCCUGUAAACUGAAGUAUUACACUUAAUCGAGUCAUGUCUGAUCCACCGGCAACUUGUGUUUCGUGCACUCGUGUUGAAAGACCGCGUCAGGAGGCAUUGCAGUGCGACAGUUGCUCGCGUUGGCAGCACCGAAUAGGCAAGUCUGAUAACUGUCAGGCCAUCAGAGAGCGAUUUGGCGAAGAUUCUAAAAUACAGGGAUGUGCAUUCCACUGGCCCAGGCCCUCUGCAGGAAGGUGCAGGAACUAGGGAUGCAGAAAGCCUACAACGAGAAGAACGAUGUUUAUACAUUCUUGAGACAGGUGAUGGCGCUCAACUUUCUGCCCCUUCAACACAUCAGAUCAGCGUUUGAUAAGUUGGACAACCAGGCCAAUUCCCCUCAGACCCGUGACUUUAUGGACUAUGUGUACAGAAGCAGAGUCUUCAAAAUCCAUGAAUGGAGCGUGUACGGCGAGUCCAUCCGGACCAACAACGAUGUAGAGGGAUGGCACAACCGUCUCAACUCCCGGUGCAGCACCCGUGGUCCAGUGCCUUUCUACCUUCUGAUACAGGAACUGUUCAAGGAGGCCACCGCGAUCCCCCUGCAGAUCAGAAUGAUAUCAGAGGGAAAGCUGCGACGCUUGCAACGGAAACGCACAACAGAGGUUCAGGGGAAGUUGUUCCGACUUUGAAGAGCGUACAGGAGGCAGGAGAUGUCAACCAGCAGGCUUCUGCGAGAGUGCUUUUUCCUCCUAUAGUGUUCCGUUACCUAAUACAUGUGUUCAUUUACAAAACACAUCUAUAUAGAACAUUUCAUUGACUUAAAUUAGAUAAUUUAAUAUUCAUUAUAUUUGAUCAUAAUAAAUUGUCCAACAAAGUAAAUU